AUGGGACUCACAAUAUCCACCUUGCUAACUCGUAUUUUCGCAAAGCAGUCUGUAAGGAUCCUGAUGGUCGGUCUGGAUGCGGCUGGGAAAACCACGAUCUUGUACAGACUGAAACUGGGCGAUGUCGUCACAACCAUCCCGACCCUUGGGUUCAACGUGGAGACAGUGGACUACAAGAACAUCAGCUUCACAGUGUGGGACGUCGGAGGACAAGACAAGAUCAGGGUGUUGUGGAGGCACUACUUCGAGAACACCCAGGGACUCAUCUUCGUGGUGGACUCCAGCGACCGUGAUAGAGUGUCGGAGUGCGAGAAAGAGUUGACCAGCUUACUUCAGGAGGAAGCUCUCAGGGACAUCGUGUUGCUGAUCCUGGCCAACAAACAGGACCUUCCCGACGCGCUGAGUGCUGCUGAGCUGAGCCAGCUGUUGGGUUUGGACAAAGUGAAGAACAGAUGGAAGAUACAAGAGACUUGCGCCACGCAGGGCCGAGGACUCUACGAGGGUCUGGACUGGCUGUCCAAUCAGCUGGAGCAGUGACGUCAUUUAUACAUCAUUGUUUAUUACAAGUGUUUUGAAAACAAUUGUGUGGUCGCAAUAGUUGGUUAUAGGUGUGGUGUGUAUCUAGCAUACAAUUUGUCAAAACAACUGACUGUCCA